ACGAACAUGUGGACAUGGAGGAUGAGCUCUUGCUGCCGGUACCGAAUGCUCCCCAAGCAUACCGCACUGCCUCCCUCAUGGACCAAACAGAUCGUAGGCUCCUUGCCCUGCACUACAGCUUGCGGCGACGACGGUGAUACGUCGAUCCCUAUCUGGAAUGACAGCAUGCUCGUCGGCAACUAGUGCGCAUCGACCGUCAGGAUGGUCCGGCCCGCUCUGUAGUCUGCGACCGCUGCGGAGCUAACUGACUGGAGUUACCGCUGUUUCAUCUUGCCGUGAUCUACGCUAUUGACUUCACGCCGACGUGGUCCUGCUCACGCCCAUUCUGUCAGUUGGCUACCACGACAGCCCAGUUGCCAUAGGGUCAUACCGCUUGCAAAUUGCUGUAACGAUGUCAAUCUCGAUUACCACAAUCUCCACUCAAGUAUAUUGAA